AUGUUCUUCGGUUCAGGAGAACAUAAUGGACAAGGAGUGGAGGACCAGUUCAGAGAUCAUGCCACGUGGUCGAUGCUUCAAAUCAGAUUCCACCGCGAGUCGAGUUAUUCCACAAUUAUGAUGAAAACGAGUUUGAUUUUCAAAGCUUGUGGACUGUUUCUCGCAGUUGCCGGAGCCCCGGCCAUUAUCCCUAAUGGUGGUGAUAUUGAAAUUCCAACUGAUGAACCAGUUUCAAUCCUUCACGGAGAAUAUCAAGUUCAAACGAGCAAUUUAGAAAACUACCGUCCAACAUGGGCGUCAGUUUGGAAAAUCAAUCAGCACGAUCUCGAAAAUGGGAUCUUUUAUGUUUCAACAUGGCCACCGAAAUACUGUCAUGCAAUCUACGUCUGUCCAAUUACGGAACAAUCAUACAACCAAGCGUUGAAUUUCAAAACUUCCGAAGAGGAUAUGUGCGAGAAAGAAUAUGCCAAAUUCUAUCCACACGCCAAGAAGAUUAUUUUGAAGAAAGAGGGCGGUGCAGAAGAGUCAAAGUUCUGGAUGAAAAACCGUUUGGAGUUUGAAAUAGAUAACAAUCGUCAAUCGAAACUGCGUGUGUUGAAUUCUGAACCAGAAUCUCAUUCUGAAUUCAUGGAAGAGAGCAAGAAAGGAAUCACUUUUGGUUUUGAUUUGACGGGCAAGGAGUUACUCAUUUUGACAAACAGUCGUAUGUGUCAAAUCAACAAAAUCGGAGGAGAAUUCUAUCCAAUUUUCCGAGAAGGAGUCAAAAAGACUCCAGAUAAUUAUCCUAAAUGGUUCGAUGACGGCUCUGCGUGGAAUUCAUCGCUCAGUCCAACUGAUUAUCUUCCUCCUGUUAAAUCUCGAAAAACUCCGAAGUCGAUUGAUUUGCUUGCUUACUUAAAAGACAAAACAUGGACUGACAAAAAAAUUGGAAAUCUUGUGAAGUCUUGUGAACCAGUUGUCGGAUGGAGAGCCGGUGGGAGACGGAAACCAACGAAUGCAAUGUUUCAGAAGGUUUCUGUUGGAUCAUAUACUGUCAAUUUUCCGAAUACUCAAUGGUCUGGAAAAGCGUUCAAAAGGUUCACUCUGAAUGUUGAAAAAUGUCAUUGGUUCCGUUUGUGGUUCUCAGAUAAAAGAAUGGAAGAUUAUAAGAGUGCGCCUCUCUCGGAAAUGGUUGACUUCUUUCUAAACGAAGGAUUUUAUAUCAGCCCGGAAUCUGAUGAAGCUCAUCCUCUUCCAGGAGUCAAUGAACUAACAAAGUUCACUUUUAGAGUUGCUGGAAAAGAGAGCACAUUGGUCGAUAUGCUGUACGGAGAAACACAAGGAAGUCCGAUUUACCAUGACCAGUUCAACAUCAAGGAUAUUCAAAAAAACUUUUUCAGACUUCACGUUAUUAAGGCUCCUGGAUGCGAAAUUUCUAUGGAUUCGCGUCCACUCUUGUGGACCGAUCAUUCGACGAGUAGAAGUAUCAACAUGUGGAACUUCGGAACUUGCCAGUUCACUCAUUUUGAAUAG